GAGUAGCAACGGCAGCAGGUACGCCUAAUUCAAUCGAAGUUCAAAUCGAUAAUUUUUUAGAGCAAUUCAAACGGAGCGCCUCCAAGGCUAUGGAUGGUGACUGGUCAUCAUCUUCCGCGGUCACAACGCCGCAAUCGGCCUGUUCGUCCGGAUCAAAGCUGAAAAACUUCUUCGCGGAUCAGCUUACACACGAAGAAAACAGCAAUUUUGCAAAUAACGGAAGUACCAGCAGCAAUGCAUCCUCCUACCAUUCGGCCCAUCAAAACAAUCAGCAGAACCAGCAUCAGUAUAAUAAUUAUCAAAACACUUUCCAACACCAAUCAUCCGUCACAUCCAACUCAUCGGUGCAGACCGUGCUAAACCAGAGUUUGCAGAAUUCGGCUAACAUUAACAAACUGAUCGAAAACGUGUGCCAAAAUGGGAAUCAUUUCAAUUUGAACACGUUUGGCAGUUGCAGCUCGCUUAUCACAACCAACGGACACGCGUCCUCGAAUGGAUCGAUAAUGAGAGAUAACAUGAAUUCGGCUGUAAGUGUCAGCUCGGCAGAGGAACCGCUCAGUGUGGGAGAUGUGGCCGAUCUUUUACACCCCCAGUACGCUAUAAUUACUGGUGGACGCUCGAAAGACGGUUGCCCGUUGAUAACGUUUCCCGAUUACAACAACUUUCAAAAUCUCACCGAUCUGGAGUACCAAAAGCUGAUGCUUUACCUAACCUCCGUACCGUCCCUAUCGGAGGCCGAUUUGGGCUUUAACUUGAUCAUCGAUCGGCGCAAAGAUAGAUGGGCGGCAGUGAAGGCAAUACUGUUGAAAAUUUCCAUCUACUUUCCGGCGAUGGUACACUUCGUGUUCGUGAUCCGCCCGGCCGGCUUUCUGCAGAAAGCAAUCUCCGAAGUGAGCAAUAAGUUUUUCAAGGAUGAGUUUCGUUUCCGCGUGAUCGUGUGCGCAACGCUGGACGAGCUGUACGAGUACGUUUGUCGCGGACAGCUUACGGCGGAGCUCGGCGGUGAGUUGCCGUACUCGCAUCAUGAGUGGAUACAGCAGCGCAUAUCGUUGGAAAAGUUUUCUGGUCUGACGAACAUCAUAUCGGGCAAUUUGGAUGCGUUCAUGAAAUCGAUCAACGACAUGGAGUUUCCUAACUCGGUAGAAGCGACGGAGCAAUUGAUAAACGAUCAGGGCGAGCAGUACGAAAAGCUGAAGGAGGAUAUACUUUCUGCAGGCCAACACGGUGAAGUACUGUUGGAAGAAAUGAAGAGCAAAAAAGAAUACGAUCGCGACACCGUAGAACGAUUCGGUAACAUAAGUUCUAUCGAAAGACUUUUGGUACAACUGGAGGAAACCGAGCGCCAAUUCGAGGACUUUUGGACGAUGCACCUGUCUCGGCUGAAGAAAUGUCUCGAGCUUCGACGCUUUGAGCAAGAUUUUCGAGAGCUACAGAAUAAUUUUGAUCGCCAUUUAAAAACCGUAUCGGAUAUGACCGAAAUCGGAGAAACCGUCACUAGGAUGGAUCAGCUGCUGAAAGAAACCAAAGAAUUCCAACUAAUCUGUAACGUAGAUGUAGAGCGAGCACAGCACGUCAUCAGCACCGGACAGCGGCUAAUAGGUACGAAAGGCUGUAUCAGUUCCUGCCCAAAAGAGGUAGUUCAACCAAAGUGUGAUGAGCUCAGCCGUGUCUGUGGGCUCAUUAACGAUCGAAUCUCGAAGCGGAUCGAUACUCUUGCCAAAGCUCGCGAAUUAAUGGAACGGGUUGAAAAGGCAAAUAAAUGGUGUACACGGGGCAUAGAAUUGUUAGCGACACAACGGAUCGAAAAGUGUUCAGUUUCGGCUGAAAUUGCGGAACAGAGCUUGCAGGAGAUUCAGGACUAUCUUGCAUCUGCCGCUGAGUUUAAGUUGUACAGUCCAAAGGAAAUAAAAAAUGAAAUUCAAGAAAAUACGACACUUGAAACGAAGGCAUUAGUAUCGCAGGUGCUACAGCGUAUCGAUGACGUUCAGUUGAUGUGUGAUAAGCGUAUGAUUACGCUGAAGAAGCUGACAUUAAAGCCCCCACGUCCAGUCCAAACCGUUACGCCUGAGCCAGCGGUACCGUUGCAGCCUCCGGGUGGUGCACCCCAUCCAUUGUUUCGUCCGCGGCGAUCGUACAGCAAGAUUGAAAACUUCUCACCACGGCCUCGAUCGAUUGAAGGACCGCUUGACUCGGGCAUCUCGAUUAGCAGCGAUACGGCGAUAACCAGUUCGGACAGUGAUCUGAAUUUGCAAAGCCAAACGGACUCGGAUGAGAGAAAACUGAAACGAGGACAUGUUUUGGCUGAGCUGCUGGAAACGGAACGUAUCUACGUCGCUGAGAUGGGAUCGAUUUUGAAGGGCUACAAAGAUGAAAUGCUGUCCGAGGAGAUGAGUUCACUGGUGCCGCCAGGUUUGCAAGGAAAAUCGGAUAUACUGUUUGGCAAUCUGCACGAGCUCUACACCUUUCACAAUGACAUUUUCCUGAAGGAUUUGGAAAACUGCAUCUCCACCACUGAACUGGUCGCACUCUGCUUCGUUCAACGCCGCGAUACAUUCUUCCGGCUAUAUUCGUACUACUGUCAGAACAUACCGCGCUCGGAACGCUUGCGGGAAACUCUCGUCGACACGCAUCUUUUCCUUCAGGAAUGCCAAAAGAAGCUCGGCCAUAAGCUCCCGCUAGCUGCGUAUUUGUUGAAACCGGUGCAAAGGAUUACCAAGUAUCAGCUGCUGUUGAAGGAUUUGCUCAAGUUCAGUGACACUGGAACAUGCUCGAGGGAGCUACAGAAAGCGCUCGAUUGUAUGUUAGUUGUUCUAAAGUGUGUCAACGAUUCAAUGCAUCAAAUAGCAAUAACGGGCUUUCCGGCCGACCUAUCGCAGCAGGGUGAGCUGCUGAUGCAAGACUCGUUCCAGGUGUGGACGGAAAGUAAGAAGGAUUUGCGACUCCGGUUAAAAACGCAAAACCGCCACAUCUUCCUGUACCAAAAGGCAAUGCUGUUUUGCAAGCAAGGUUCCAAAACGGGACACAACAAGAGCACUUACCAGUUUAAGCACUGGUUACAGAUGUCACAGAUAGGUUUAACGGAAUCGGUUCGAGGUGAUUCGCGACGGUUCGAGGUGUGGUUGCAGGGUCGCCAGGAGGUACACACGAUACAGGCGGGCACUGUCGAGAUAAAAAACAAAUGGGUUGCUGAGAUUAAGCGCGUGCUGCUGAAUCAGCUGGAAGAGCUAAAGGGUGAAAAGAUAAAGCAGUAUGGAUUGAAUCACAAACCACUGCGACACAUGACAUCGUGGGAUGUACCGCAAGCGGUUCACGGUACGCAGAAUCGGAUAGUAAGCUGUGACCAGCAGGCGCAACAUCAGCCGGCCAACAAUGGUUUAGGUGGUGUCGGAGGAAUGAUCGGACUAGCGCAGGAUGUCGUCACGAGGAUAUCGAACAUUAACGAUGACAGUCUGCUAAAUGCAACCGGCAUCUCGUCCUCCUCGUCCGAGCACGACAAUCAGGAAAGUAACGCGUGGAGCUCCGACUAUUCGAACAGCGAGGAUGAGUUCACGACGGUCGAGGACAGUGUCGUGCCGGGGCAUAAGUUUGUUUCGCUGGCGGACUAUUGUGCGAUGGGCAACUCGGAAGUUUCGAUGAAGGAAACGGAAGUGGUCGAACUGUUGAAGGUCGGUUGCGCUGGAUGGUGGUUCGUGAAGGUGAUCGCUACCGGGCUGGAAGGAUGGGCUCCGGCAGCGUACCUGGAAGCGGUCAGUCGCAAAAACUCGCGUCUUCGCAAUGCACGCAGCCAAGACCGGCUAAACGAGCACUAGAAGGGAGCAC